CCUGCGUCGGGCGCGCCAUCUCAGUGCCGGGCCGAGCGAGCCGCGCGAGCACACCGUUUAACCGUGAUGAGUGUGUAACGAACGAUAGUGUUUGACUAAUUGGAAUUUGGUGGUGAUUGUAAUGACUGAGAAUGCUUGCGGUUGGUAGUGUUGUCAGUAGUCGAUAAUCAAGAUAUCGAGUGUCGAGCGUGGCACCGGCGGCAUGGUGCUGGAGGGCGGGUUGCCGGCGCCGCUGCAGCUGUACGCGGCGGCGGCCGCAGGCCUUGCUCCGCGACCGGCCUGGCCGCCGUUUCUGCCGUUCUUUGGGGUGCCGCCGCCGUUCCUGGCGCGGCCGAGGUUACCGCAUCCGCUGCCCGCGCGGGCGCCGCAUGGACCGCCCAGCGAGGACUCCAAUGAGGACGGUGGAAGCAGUAAAGGUGGCGUUGGUGAUGAUGAUGGUGACAGUGGGAAGCGGAGACGGUCAAGGACCAACUUUAACUCCUGGCAACUCGAAGAGUUGGAGCGCGCGUUCCUUGCGUCGCACUACCCGGACGUGUUCAUGAGGGAGGCGCUGGCGAUGCGCUUGGACCUUAAGGAGAGCAGGGUUGCGGUAUGGUUCCAGAACCGUCGCGCAAAAUGGCGCAAGAAGGAACAUACAAAGAAGGGCCCAGGGCGGCCUGCCCACAACGCGCACCCACAAUCCUGUUCCGGGGAGCCCAUCCCACCGCAUGAGCUGAGAGCUCGCGAGAGGGCGAGAAGAAGAAAGAAGCUGGCAAAGGCAUUAGAGCGUCAAGCGAGAAAGCUGCGUGCUAAGGGCAUCGCAGUGGAUCUCGAAGCUUUGAAGGCGGAAUACUUGGCACAGCACAGAAACAGUGGACUUUAUUCGGAUUCUGAUGGAGAAAUCGAAGGAGAAGAAUGCAUGAUAGAUGUAGUCGGUGGCGAUUCCUGUCACGAUUCCGGACCAGAAGACUUUUCACUCUCUGGAAGACUUCGCGCACCUUCUGGAACUGAUGCUAUCAAUAAUUCAGAUAGUUCUACUUCAGACGGCCACUCAGCAAGAAACUUUAGCCCCCUACCCGAUCCUCAGUCGUCUUUCUUCAAGCAGUUCAGCACAGCUGCUAGCAACUUCGACAAAUUCGAUUUUGACUCUGGCAGAGCAGUAUCCUUAGACCUGAGCGGCAGUUCAAAUACCGAACAGGACCUUUCCAAAAACGGGGGAACAAGAAAACACAAUCCGUUCAGUAUAGAAUCCCUCCUUAACACGUGAAAAUGACUUUUCUAGAAUAAGUACGCCUUGGGAGGCUUCCGGAUGUAACUUUUCUUUCACAGACUUAAACACUGGCAUUUUGUGAAAUGUUCCUUUGCUUUAAUAUUAAUGAACUAUUAUCAUUAGUUGUAAUCAGCUUCGGUUAAGACUUAUAGGUACCAGUUUACAUAUCCCUUUGUGAAUAUUAGGUAGGAUUUGUAUUAUAUAGUUAGUAGUGUAAAUAGUAAUUUUAUAUUUAUUUUCGUCUUGUUAAUCUAUUAUU